AUGGCAGUAACACAUCACAACAUCAGCAAUGACAACAACGAAGAAAGAGACAGAUUCAGUGGUAAACCUCCAGUCUUUGAUGGAGAGAACUUUGAUUACUGGAAAGACAGAAUUGAAAGCUUCUUUCUAGCCCAUGAUGCUGGUCUGUGGGAUAUGGUGACAGAUGGAUACACGCACCCAGUGAAUGCAAGUGGUCAGAAGAUUGACAGGAAAGCAAUGUCUGACCAACAAAAGCGUGAUUUCAAGAAUCAUCACAAGGCCAGAACUAUUCUUCUCAGUGCUAUCUCUUACUCUGAAUAUGAAAAAAUAUCAAACAGAGACACUGCUAAGAACAUGUUUGAUUCUCUCAGAAUGACACAUGAAGGCAAACUUCAAGUUAAAGAAACUAAAGCUCUUGCGCUCAUCCAGAAGUAUGAGGCAUUCAAGAUGGAAGAAAGUGAAUCUAUUGAAACAAUGUUCUCAAGAUUUCAGAUUCUGGUUGCUGGUCUCAAUGUUCUGGACAAAGGCUCCCUCAGAAGUCACGAGAUAGAGCUGGAAGCUGAUGAACCUCAAAAGCAAGGUAAGCCUUUAGCUCUAAAAUAUAACAGAAAAUGUGACUCUAAGGUUUUGCAGGCUGUUGAAGAAACCUCUGAUGGGUCCUCAUCAGAAGAAGAUGAAUUGUCUCUCCUCUCCAGAAGGGUGAACCAACUAUGGAAGCAGAGGCAAAGAAAGUUCAGGAAUCCCAGAAGAUUUGAGAACCAGAACGAACCCUCCUCCAGAUAA